UUCACUAAAACGCCCAAGCUAAAGGCCAGAGAGCAGCGCUCCCCUCCCAACAUGGCUACGCCACCGGUGGCACCACCCGCGGGGGCCGGUGGCCCGAACUUCGAUGCCGCAGCACCCCAACCACAACCGAUGCAGCAACCGGGAACUGACAUGACGGGUAUAUGUUUCAGGGACCAAUUAUGGCUCAACACCUACCCUCUCGAUCGGAACUUCGUCUUCGAUUAUUUCGCACUAUCUCCGUUCUAUGAUUGGCAGUGCAACAACGAGGAUCUCAGGAGGCGCUCCAUUCACCCUCUCGAUAGCUCUCACCUCUCGAAGAUGACGGGGAUGGAGUACAUGCUUACUGAAGUAAUUGAGCCCAACCUCUUUGUCAUCAAAAAGCAAUGGAGGGAUGGUCCUGAGAGGGUCAACCCAAUACUGACUUAUUAUGUUCUGGAUGGUUCAAUAUACCAAGCGCCACACCUUUGCAGUGUCUUUGCUGCUCGAGUUGGUCGUGCUCUCUAUUACAUCUCAAAAGCUUUUACUACUGCCGCAUCAAAGUUGGAGAAGAUUGGAUAUGUUGAUAGUGAAAAUGAGAGUGAACCUUUGGAAUCAAAGGCUACUAAAGAGACAAUUGACUUAAAGGAAGUAAAGCGAGUAGAUCUUAUUCUUGCGUCCUUACAGAGAAAGUUACCACCUGCUCCACCACACCCUCCAUUUCCUGAAGGUUUUGUACCCCCUUCAACAUCAGAAGCAGAGAAAGAUUCUGAAAACCAGCAACCAGGUGAGACACAACCUUCUCAUGUCGAUCCCAUUAUUGAUCAAGGUCCAGCCAAGAGAAUGAAGAUCUGAGGUAGGCACUAACUGAGAAUAUAGACUUCAUUCCGCAUGCAAUUGCAAAUCCAUUGUCAGCUAAUCUCUUUCUCAUGAAAUUAACCCGUUGAAGUUAUUAGGAAUAUGAAACCACGAGCUUGUACUUAAAUAUGCAGUUAAAUAUUUUCUUUUCUUUUCCUUUCUUUUUUUUUUUUUUUUCUCUGAUACUAAUAUCUUAUUAUCUCCGAUCUUUCAUUGUUACCCCAUAAAAUUCUUGACCGAAGAAGAACACAAAGAGGUAACACAAUUUUUCUUUCUUUUACCUUACCAUCUGUUUGGAUUGGUUUUUAUAAAGAUAUAUGGAGGGAGGAGGAGAUGGAACUCCACAACCCCUCUCUAACUCUCCUUUUUUAAAUUGUUUUUUUUUUUUUUUUCUCAAAUCUUUCCUUUGGUACUUAAAAUUUGAAAUGAAGGUCUCCAAAUUAGAGUGUUGAAGUUCUUAACCUAAGCCAUCCUUAGAUCACUCAAGUCUUCUAUUUGCAAGGAUGGGAAGGGAUAAUAUACCUAGUUUAAGAUUUUUUUUUUUUUUACUAUAUUCCUUAAUUAUUUUAGCUGAAAUUUUGGUCUAAUUCUUUAAUUUUUUUGGGUUGUUAGCUGUGAAAUAUCAAAAUAUUGUUAAUGAAAUCAAAAUAUCAUACAGAAAUAUUUAUUAAGUGCAUGUGGGUACUUUUACAGUUUGUACUGCUUUAAAAUGUAUAGUUUGGAUUGAAAAAUAUGUUUUCAUUAUUUAAUUAAUGCAAAAAAUAUUAGUGAAAGUGUUGAUCGGGAAAUUCCUGUGGACACCCCAGAGCUCCAAUGACUUUUUGGUGGCAAGUUUGGUGUCUAUGGAAAGCUCUUUAUUAGAUCUUUCAUUUGCAACUGGUACCAACUGAUUUGGUCAAGUGGCCUGGUAGUUUAAGAAUUUUUCUUUAUUUUUUUUUUAUAGAAUUAUACAUAAAUCUUACACAUAUUA